AUGCUGGAAAAUGAUUAUAGCAUUAAGUCGCUUUACUCUUGCUAUGACAACCAUUCUUAUCUGCUUAAAGCUAGAAUCAAGCAAUCUCGUAGGACGAGCGAAUUUGUUCUUUCUUUGCUUCUUUCUUUGCUUCUUUCUUUGCUUCUUUCUUUGCUUUCCAAUCCUUUCUUCUUUCCUUUGUUAAUUUGUUUGUUUCUUUCUUUUUCGUAUAAGUGUUCCUUUCCCUUUCCUUCUUUUUCUAGGUCUGUCUUUUCUUUCAUUAUCCUUUCUUUUGCUUCUUUUGUUAUAAUUUAUAAGUAUCCGCUUGUAAUUUUCUUACUUUCGUUCUUUCUUUCUUUGUCUAUUAAAUUUCUUCUGUGUCCCUAUUUAUCUAUCUGUCUCAUCUAUCUAUCUAUCUAUCUAUCUAUCAGUCGGUUUGUGUAUCGUGUUGUUCUUUCUUUCUUUCUUUCUUUCUUUCUUUUUUCUUUGUCUAUUAAAUUUAACGAUAGGUAUGUGUGUCGUGAUGUCCUUCCUUCCUUCCGUCUUUCCUUUCUUUCUUCUAUUAAAUUUCUUGGUGUCUAUGUAUAUCGCGAUAUUCUUUCUUUCAUUAGUUCUUUCAUUUUUUCUUUCUUUAUUUGUCUAUUAAAUUUCGUCUGCAUUCCAAUGUAUCUAUCUAUCUUCUAUCUAUCUUCUCCUUUUCUAUCUAUCUAUCUAUCUAUCUAUCUAUCUAUCUCCUUUUCAAUGUGUGUAAUAUUUCUCUGUUUCUAUCUAUCUAUCUAUCUAUCUAUCUAUCUAUUACGGCUGACAAUAAAAAUGAAAUCGGGAAAUCUUUUCCUUGUAUAA